AUGAAUUAUUACUUUGUUUUUUUAAUUACAGAAUAUUUAAAACGAAAAAAAGAAUUUCGUGAUGAACAAAUUCGUAUUGCAACAGAAAAUCAUACACUUCAAACAUGUGAUUGCUGUUGUGAUGAUCAAUUACUUAAUAAUGAUAUGAUUAAUUGUGAUAAUAAUCAUCGAUUUUGUCUAACAUGUAUAAGAAGCUAUAUUGAAAAUGGUUUUCUAUCUAAUGGUGAAUGUUUUUUUACAUGUUUAAAUCCUUCAUGUAAAUAUGAAUAUUCAACAUCAUUAAUGGGUCAUUUACUUGCACCAACACUUUUUUCUCGACUUCUUACUAAAGUUCAACUAGAAGAAUUACGUCGAGCAAAUAUUCCAAAUUUUGAACAAUGCAAAUUUUGUACAUUCGGAACAAUUAUUGAUGAUCCAAAUGUACGUAUAUUUCGAUGUUUAAAUCAAGAAUGUUUAAAAGAAACAUGUCGAACUUGUGGUGAACCAAAUCAUAUUCCAUUACGAUGUGAUGAAGUUGAAAAAAAAGAUGAAUUAGAUAUGCGAACAUUCAUCGAAAAUCGUGUUUCAGAAGCUAUGAUUCGUGUUUGUUAUAAAUGUAAACAACGAUUUUAUAAACUUGAAGGUUGUAAUAAAAUGACCUGUGCUUGUGGUGCAUCAAUGUGCUAUAUUUGUCGUCAACCGAUUACAGGCUAUGAACAUUUUAACAAUAAUAACAAAUGUGGAGCAACUCUUGAUGUAGUACAACUACAUCAAGAAGAAAUGAAUUCAGCAUAUGAAGAAGCUAAACAAGCUUAUAUUGAACGACAUCCUGAAGCAAGAGAUUUAGUUCUUAAAUAUGAUCCACAACAGCAUCUUAAUGCAAAUAAACCUAUGCGUACACAAAAAGCAAAACGUGGACGACAUCGUCAUUAA